GGACUUCGGCUGAUUUUCGCUAGGGUGAGGAUGGGCGUUCGGGCUUUCAUCGCGGAUUCGGAUCGCCGUACUCUCUUAGGCAAGUACGAGUGAUUUUGGCGGUUUUCUCCAUUCCGCUUACCUUCCGGAGUCUUCAUUUCUACAACAGUUGACUGAAAAGCGGCAGGAAAAUAAUUUUGUUCCGUGAGGGAAAAGAAGACCAGAUGAUAAUGAGGAUGACAACUACCGUCCCCCUCGUUCGAAGAGGAUUAAGAAGGACCAGGACAUACAGGAACAUCAUGCUAUAGAGUCUGGAUUUUCCUGGCUUCAUACAUCCCUCCUAGCUCUCGCCUAGUUAAUCCACAAGCCUCCACUUUCACUUUUCUUCCUGGAGCCAGGGCUCAGUGUGGCCCCCAGCUCAGACUAGACCCCCAUGGAUCCACUGCAGAAAUGGGAUCCAAUGUCAAUUUCCGUGCCCUCAUGUAUAGCCACUGUGAGUAGCUCUCAAGAGGCCUCAGCAGCCCCUCAGCCUUCCUCUUCAGAAAAGCUAAGCAUGGGUCUCAGCAUCUUGAGCGUCAGCCCCAGCCCCCGCUCCAGUGUCCCUGCUUCUCUGUCAGAGGGGCUGUUCCAGCAGCAGGCCCGGGAGAAGAAGGCCCUGUGGCAGCAGUACUGGGAGAAGCAGGGCUUUCCUCAGAGGAAGAAAGUCUUCCUGAGGCAUUCGAGACGCUGGCACCGGGAUCACAUGGCACCUUACCUGCUUGAAAGGGAUCUCAGAGGCUUUCCCUCAGGUGACAAAGCUCAGAAUCAGCUUCGAUGUCAGGGCCACGUGCAGAAUAUUGCUGGGAUGAGUGGGCAGAAGAACGCGGCCCCUAACCCUCCCUCCUGGGAAAUGCUGGUGCAGGGUCUCAAUGGCCUUACCCUCAGCUUGGGAGCCAACAGACCCGUCCCCCUGCCAGAGGAACCUUGGCAGCAGCAGGAGCCAGAGGACAUGCGCCAGCUGGAGAGGCAGCAGGAAAACCUGAAGAUGUUCCAGAGGAUGCUCAAGUAGAGGAUGUAAGAAGGCGGAGGUGCUGACUCACAGAUGAUAAAUACAUUUAGAAGGUGCUGCAUUGGUGUCUUAUGGGUGUGAACUCCUCUGAGGUCAAAGCAGUCCACUGCCAGUGGAUGUGUCCCAACACUUGUGCUAUGAUGUGAAUUGUCCUUGGAAAGAUCUCAACUACCCUGCCUGUCUUUUAGCAUGCCUUUUUGGAUGUGGUGCUAAGUGUUAGCCUAUACAGAAGAAACCUGGGUACACGUGAUCCCCAAAUAUGUGUGAUGUGAUUCAUAUACUGAGAGUUUUUACUGAUUUUUCUUAAGCUCAAUACCUCCUUCAACUUCUUGUUAAAAAGAACUGAUACCAUUUGUAUAUCUAUGUAUAUCUGUGUAUAUAGAGAGAAGACAUACAUCCACCUG